AUGGACCCGCAAGUGACCCUCAACACUAGGAGGAGUGAUAUUCUCGCCGCCGGCGAAGACCCCGAGACGCUCGAUGUUGGCUCAAAUCCGCCGCUCUACACCUUCUACGAUUUCCUCCCAGCCCCGUCCGUCUCCCCCGCCGCCGCCCGCGCGCUCGCCGCCGCGUCCUGGGCCCCCGACGGCGUCGACCGCAUCAGCCGCCUCCCCGACGCGGUCCUCGGCGAAAUCCUCUCCCGCGUCCCCGCCAAGGACGCCGCGCGCACCGCCGCCCUCGCGUCGCGCUCGCUCUCGUCGACAGCCACCUGCUCCCGGGCGGCGGCGCGCGCGGGCAGCUCGUCAUCGGCGCCCCCUCUCCCCGCGCCGUCACCGCCACGGUGUCCCGCGUCCUUGCGGAGCACCGGGGGCCCUUCCGCUGCGUCCACCUCACCCGCACCACCAUGGACGAGCACCGGGGCGAGAUUGUGCGCUGGCUCGACAUCCUCGCCGCCAAGGGGGUCCAAGACCUCGUCUUUGUCAACCGCCCCUGGCCGAUAGAUAGACCUGCGCCUCCCCGCCACGCUCUUCAGCUGCGCCCCCCUCACCCGCCUCUACCUCGGCGUGUGGAGGCUCCCGGAGACCGCCGCCGUGCCGCGCGGCGCCAGCUUCCCCAAUCUCAGGGAGCUCGGCCUGUGCUUGUAUGCCAUGGAGGACCGUGAUCUCGCAUUCAUGCUUGAAAGAAGCCCUGUCCUGGAGAUCCUCGUCCUGAUGGCAAGCCAGAGCGGAGUGCGCCUCCGCCUCGUCAGCCAGAGCCUGCGGUGCGUUCAGCUGGGCUUCACCUACUUGGAGUACAUCGACGUGGUGGAUGCACCUCGCCUAGAGAGGAUCUUCCAGUGGGAGAUCACUACCCCCAGCCUCUGCGUCAAGAAGCACUCUUCCAGGAUCAAGAUUGGACGUACACCUAACCUGCGUAUGCUGGGAUACCUUCUGCCAGGAGAGCAAGAGUUGGGGAUUACCAACACCGUCAUCGUGGUAGUACAUCCUACUAAUUUAAUUUGCUUUGUAGCUGUGCUGUGUCAAUUAAUCCUCUGCUUCAGAAAGUGACGACGACAACGACAACAAUGACAUGAGCUCUGGUUCUGACUUGUGAGACUGUCAAUUUGUCCAUGAACUUCUUUAUGCUGUCCAUUCUGCUACAUGUUCUUUUGAAAAACUAUUGAAUGGUGAACAUUUCAUGAUGCAUGUAGUGGACGUAGUAUCAUGGAUUGCUGGCCAGGUGCAGACCUUGACCUUUAUUGUUUGUUAUGAACCUAAGAAUUUGAAUUCAAGUGACUGGUGAAUUGGUGAUACUUUGUUGUGACUACUGAAUUCUGAUGCUUGUUUGAUUCCAA